UGGUGUUAAGCCGUGCCCAGGUUUCAUCGGGUCCUGUCUGGUCCGAGCUAACUUUUUCGGCCCCCCAGCCUGUGAUGUAAAGUAGCUUUGCGCAAUGCCACUGCAGGCAGGUAGAAAGGGCCCUCCCGUGGAAAGGGCAUAAAUCCAUCCGCAAUCACAUCACCCUGCUCCAGGGAGAAGAGGUGUCGUGAGGAGCCUGCCCGAGCGGGACGGUGUUGGAGGGGCCGCACACACCAGGACAGAGGCAACAGACACCUUGGAAGCAAUUUUUCAACAUGAACCCAGUAGCAGAUCUUCUCUGUUUGUUGGUGUGCCUCACCGCAGUGACUUGUGACCGGGUCUACGUCCACCCUUUCAAUUUGUUUUCUUUCAACAAGAGUACCUGUGAGGAGCUAGAAAGCCUGGUCCAGGAGGGAAAGAAAACUUUUGUCCCCAUCUCCAUCGAGUCCCAAACCACACCUGCCUACGAAGAUGACCUGAAUGACGAGGAUAAGCUGGAAGCCCUGAGACUGAGCGGCCACGGGAGGCAGAAACUGAGUUACGUGAAGGACCUUGUGGACACCCUGGCUGCACGGUUUUACAGCGUGCUGCAGAAAGCACAGCAGGGCCAAAACGUGCUCCUGUCCCCAACCAGUCUUUACAGCUCCUUGGUGUCUUUCUACCUGGGUGCCUCAAACCAGACGGCAGAUGAUUUGCAGGGUUUGCUGGGAUUUGUUCCCCCCUCUGGGGACCCUGACUGCACCUCCAGGGUGGACGGACACAAAGUCCUUUCCAGCCUGAGGACAAUCGAAAGCCUUGUCAAGAGCAGGGACAAGGAGCUGCUCUUUUCCAAGACGCUCUGCCUGUUCUCUGCCCCCGGCGUACCUCUGUCCCAACUGUUCGUGCAGGACUUGCUCCCCUCUGCCGACGCUCUCUACGCCCGAGCUGUUGACUUUACAAACCCAAGCGAGGCAGCAAAGCAAAUAAACGCCUUCAUGGAGGCCAAAAGCGAGGGCCGAAGCAAGUGCUUACUGACAGGCAUCGACCCAUCCGCCAACCUGCUGUUCGUGGUGGACGUCCGCUUGGCAGUGAACAUUAAACAAGCCUCACGGCUCAAAGAGCCUCAGGAGUUCUGGGUGGAUUCAAACACGAAGGUCUUGGUCCCUAUGUUGUCAGUCCCAGGGACGUUCAAGUACAAAACUGAUGCCAGCGGGACUUUUUCCGUGGUGGAAGUCCCCAUCAGCAAGACUGCGCUGCUGGUGCUGCUGCAGCCCAUCAACGGCAGCGACCUGGAGCACGUGGAGUCGGAGCUGCUGUCGCAGUCGUCGGUCUGGCUUCAGCAGCUGUCCCCAAGAGAAAUUAAAUUAACGCUGCCUGAGUUAACAAUAGAAGGCAGCUCUGAUCUACAGGAGCUUCUUGCAGCUAUGGAACUGCCUGCACUGCUGGGAAAGGGGGCAGAUCUCAGUAAAAUAAGCGAUGCCAAUCUAACAGUUGGAAAGGUAAUAAAUAAAGCCUUUUUCAAACUGACCGGUGAUGGAACAGAUCAGCCAGAAGACCCUGCAGCACAGAAGGAAGAUGUGGCGUUCCUGGAUGUAACACUGAACAAGCCAUUCCUUUUAGCUGUUUUUGAAGAGAAGUCAAGGGCCGUGCUUUUCCUUGGCAGAGUAACAAACCCUCUACCUGGGGUUUAAAUGCAAGCACAGGGGAUGGGGAGGGAGAGGAAUGAUGCACAUUUCCCAUUACCUUUUUCUUAUUCAUCAGCUAUUUUUAUGAUCUUGAGUGCUUUACUCAGCUUUGAGACGAAGCAGGUAGUGUUUGAAAUACAGCUUUUUGAAAGCUAAAACAUUGCAACUUUUUAUCCUUGUUCAACUGUUUCACCUGAGGUGACUUCAACUCUUCCUCCAGCUUCUCUUCUUUCCUUAUUCCCACUUUGUCUCCCUUCUGCCCUCAGCUCCCUUUUUCGAUGCAGUGGGGACAAAGCAGUAGCCAGCAGGGCAUUGACUUAAAAAAUAUAGUUUUAUAAGUGCAAGCAGCAUUUACUAUAGAAAGGUACAGAAAAGGACCUCUUCAUUCUUUAAGAGGUCACUUUUUAAUCUUUAGUUUGGUCAGUUUUGCAAGAGAGACCCCCUUUUACAUUACCAUGAAAGUUUUACAGUUAUCCACAGAGAUUUCUAGCUUCAUCAGCAACAUUUUCCUUUAAAAUGCUGCCAACAGCACGGGCAGGCUUCACUUGUCCCACUGAGACAAGAUUUUUUGCCUUGGAAGCAAAAACACAUUCAAAGGAAGUUUCUUCUUUCUGCAGCCCAGAUGGAUACGUUCAUUUCUUAACUCUAUGGAAAAGCUAAAAAUAGGGUUUGGUAGCAUUAAUGAACUGUGCUGGAUAAAUUCUCAUAGCCUGACAGAAUUAUCUCUGGGUUGUUUUUUUUAGAAAAAAAAUAAGGUCUACUAUUCCAAUACAAUUCCAUUCCUUGGAUUACUUUCUAAUCUGAGAGGCAUUUAUUACAGCCUUACAGCAAAAAAGAACAUUACUGGUUAAAGCCCAGAACUGUCAACUUUAACAUAUCCAAACCAUAUGUUCUUAAAAAUUAGUAUUAAUGGCAAUAAUCUAUACUAGUAUAAAUGGUGGAUGCGCUGCUACACAUGAAUAAAAAGGUUUCAGUGGUCCAAUCCAACUCUUAGCAGAGUCAUAAAGGUUUGAAACAUUAAACUGGAACAACAGAUUAUUAGAUGACUCUUGAAUUAGGAAGCGAGGAAUUGGGAGUGAAAUCUUGGUACUACGGAAAGCCUCUCAGCAGAACAAGGAUUUCCACCUCUCAUCUCUAGAUUUGUCUUUAGCACUGAUGGCAUUUAGAAAAGAACCGCAAACCUCUUUGGUGUAUGAUGCCAGAUGUACCCUACAGAGCACGGUAGCUCAUAGUCAUCUACAGUGGCCCAAAUGUCUGUCUAAUCCAAACCCACUAAUGGCAGUGGCUUGCUAUCGGUGAUGUAGAUACGUGACAGAUCCUUCUAGCUUAAUGGAAAAGACUAAUAAAAACCACAACUCACUCUCGAGAAUACUAGGAUUUUAAGUGCUAUGGUAUAGCAUCCGCAUAUUUAUCCAAUUACAGUGUAUGUAUUCCAGAUGCUCCAACAUCUAAAUACUGUACUUGUAUUAUAUACAGAAGCAAUUAACUAUAAAUAUGCAGAGAUGGAAAGAUGCAAAUAAAACCAUUUCCAAGUUGCA